CCUCAUCCAUCGAGCAACUUCCGCAGCAGCUAUGUCCGGUCGACGCGACUUUCUUAACCAGCCGGCACCAGAGAAUUAUGUUGCCGGUCUUGGUCGUGGGGCUACAGGUUUUACAACCCGAUCAGAUCUCGGCCCCGCGCGCGAAGGUCCAAGUGAGGACCAGAUCAAAGAAGCCCUCGCAAAGCGCGCCGCUGCUCUAGGGUCUGCCGCACCUACAGCUUAUGGAAUCCCCGAGAAGAAAGAUGAAGACGAAGAUGACGAGCGGUUCCAAGACCCGGAGAACGAGGUGGGACUGUUCGCAGGUGGCGCAUACGACAAGGACGAUGACGAGGCGGAUCGCAUAUAUCAGGAGGUAGACGAGAAGAUGGAUCGGAGGCGCAAAGCAAGAAGGGAAGCACGCGAGAAAGCAGAACGAGAAGAGUACGAGCGGAAUAAUCCCAAGAUCCAACAGCAGUUUGCAGAUCUAAAAAGAGCGCUGAGUACCGUGAGCGAUGAGGACUGGGCGAAUCUGCCAGAGGUGGGAGAUCUGACGGGGAAGAACCGGAGAGCCAAGCAGGCAAUGAGACAGAGGUUCUAUGCCGUACCAGAUAGCGUCAUUGCUUCAGCACGAGACUCGACAGAACUAGGAACAACUGUUGCAGAUGACGGUACGGCGACUUCUGGAGGGGAUGGCUUGGACGGGACCAUGACAAACUUUGCGCAGAUUGGUGCUGCCAGAGACAAAGUCCUCAAGGUCAAACUUGAUCAGGCUUCUCAAGGCACUGAUUCGGUCGCUGGCAGUGCAACAAAUAUCGACCCCAAGGGUUACCUCACCAGUCUUGCGAAAUCGCAAAUUAGCGAGGGGGAGGCGCAAGUUGGUGAUAUAAAGCGAGUACGGGUUCUCCUGGAAUCUGUCAUUAGGACCAAUCCGAAGCACGCGCCUGGGUGGAUUGCUGCUGCACGACUUGAAGAACUAGCAGGCAAGACCGUGGCCGCUAGAAAUUUGAUUGCAAGGGGAUGUGAGUUCUGUCCAAAGAGUGAAGAUGCUUGGCUGGAAAACAUACGCCUGAACGACAAUCACAACGCCAAAAUUAUUGCAGCGAAUGCGAUCAAGGCCAACGACCACUCUGUCCGUCUCUGGAUCGAGGCUAUGAAAUUGGAGUCGGAUCCGAGAGCCAAAAAGAGAGUUUUGAGACAUGCAUUGGAUCAUAUCCCACAGUCUGUCUCUCUCUGGAAGGAGGCGGUUAAUCUCGAAGAAGACCCAGAGGAUGCCAAACUUCUCCUGGCCAAGGCCACCGAGCUUAUCCCCCUUUCGGUCGAGUUGUGGUUGGCACUCGCACGGUUGGAGACCUCGGAAAAUGCGCAAAAGGUUCUCAACAAGGCUCGAAAAGCUAUUCCGACAUCUCACGAGAUUUGGAUUGCAGCAGCACGACUUCAAGAACAGAUGGGUAAUGCAAAUAAGGUCAAUGUGAUGAAGCGAGCCGUCCAAGCCCUUGCUAAGGAAUCCGCCAUGUUAAAACGGGAGGACUGGAUCACAGAAGCAGAGAAAUGUGAGGAGGAGGGAGCUAUCCUGACUUGUGGAAACAUCAUUCGCGAGACUCUUGGUUGGGGCUUGGAUGAGGACGACGAUCGAAAAGACCAAUGGCUAGAGGAUGCCAAAUCGAGUAUCGGGCGUGGAAAGUACGAAACAGCCCGGGCAAUCUACGCUUAUGCUCUCCGAGUCUUUGUUAACAGCAAAAAAUUGUGGCUGGCAGCGGCGGAUCUGGAGAAGAAUCACGGUACUAGAGAGGCAUUGUGGCAGCUCUUGGAGAAAGCAGUCGAGGCAUGCCCCCAGGCUGAGGUAUUAUGGAUGAUGCUAGCGAAAGAGAAGUGGCAAGCAGGAGAGAUCGACAAUGCAAGACGAGUCUUGGGUAGGGCGUUCAAUCAGAACCCGAAUAAUGAAGAUAUUUGGCUUGCCGCGGUGAAAUUGGAAGCAGAGAAUCAGCAAACAGAGCAGGCGAGAGAGCUUUUGAAGACUGCGCGGCAAGAAGCUCCCACCGAUCGUGUCUGGACGAAGAGUGUUGCUUUUGAACGUCAACUAGGCAAUGUCGAGGCUGCCCUUGAUCUUGUUAAUCAAGCUCUGCAGCUCUUCCCUGGCGCUGCAAAAUUGUGGAUGAUGAAGGGACAAAUCUACGAGGGCGAGGGAAAGUUACCACAGGCUCGGGAAGCAUACAGCACAGGAACCAAAGCUUGUCCAAAAUCCGUUCCGCUCUGGUUGCUCUACUCAAGGCUCGAGGAGAAGGCUGGUAUGAUCGUCAAAGCACGCAGUGUCCUCGACCGAGCACGAUUAGCAGUCCCUAAGUCCCCUGAGCUCUGGACUGAGUCUGUCCGGGUUGAAAGACGAGCGAACAACAUCGCCCAAGCAAAGGUUCUGAUGGCGAAGGCUUUACAAGAAGUGCCAACCAGCGGUCUGCUUUACAGCGAGUCGAUCUGGAAUCUCGAGCCAAGAACACAACGCAAACCUCGCGCUUUGGAAGCCAUCAAGAAAGUCGACAACGAUCCAAUUCUCUUUGUCACCAUCGCGCGUAUUUUCUGGGGAGAGCGAAGAUUAGAGAAGGCGCAGAAUUGGUUCGAAAAGGCCAUUAUGGUGGACAGCGAUCUUGGGGAUGCAUGGGCUUGGUACUACAAGUUUUUGCUUCAACAUGGAACAGAAGAAAAACGAGCAGAUGUCGUGGCAAAAUGCAUUCUUAAUGAGCCGAGACACGGUGAGGUAUGGCAGAGCGUAGCGAAGGAUCCAAAAAAUGCGACAAAGAACUUGGAGGAGAUUCUGAACAUCGUGGUACAAAAACUGGAGUAAUAUGGUAAUAUAAUUAUGGCUCGUUGCAUUGGGAUGUAAGAUAAUUGCUCUUAGAUCGGGCCUCUUGGUCAGCAGAGGUAUCGGAACAGAGCUCACUAUUCUGCGAAGUCAACUCAGCCCCCUAACUGAGAGGAUAUUGAGGGCUACUCUGUCGAAGAGCGCUAGUUCACGCAGUAUAGAUACUCUGAUGAGAAAGAAGAUAUUCAUUUAGGAAUGUCUAAUCUUGCUUGCGCGUGAUGAAUCUUGCAAUCUUUCGAGUAUUGGUUGGAUUUCAUGUCUCAAGCUUGGUCAU